CAUUCCAGGAGAUGUCACCACAGAGGACCUGAAUACGAAUUCUGAUGGAAAGUUCAUGUUAUCACUGAAUAUUAAAGCAGAAGAGGAAGAUAUCAUGCAGCACUUUUCAGGAGAAAACCUUAUUUCCUUUAAUGUACAUUCCGGACUUUACAGUACCGAUCUGUCAUAUAAUUCCACUAAUUAUGACGAACCUUGUCCUGAUAAAUCACACAUUGCUACCCUAAGUAGAGGUCAGAAAGAGUGUAAAUGGUUUACUACUGUGAAACCUUUCUCAAGGCUUUCAAUACAUAGCAGAAUUCACACAGGGGAGAAACCAUGCUCCUGUUCAGAAUGUGAAAAUUGUUUUACCCAGAAAUCGCAUUUUGUUAAACAUGAGAAGUGUCACACAGGAGAGAGACCAUAUUUAUGUUCACAAUGUGGGAAAUGUUUUACACAAAAAUCAAGUCUUGUUAUACAUCAGAGAAGUCAUACAGGAGAUAAGCCAUAUUCAUGUUCAGAAUGUGGUAAGUGUUUUACAUGUAAAUCAUAUCUUGUUAAACAUGGGAGAACUCACACAGGAGAAAAGCCGUAUUCGUGUUCAGAAUGUGGAAAAUGUUUUACAGGUAAAUCAAGUUUUGUUAACCAUGGCAGAAUUCACACAGGAGAGAAGCCAUAUUCGUGUUCAGAAUGUGGGAAAAGUUUUACACAAAAAUCAGUUCUUGUUAGACAUGAGAGACGUCACACAGGAGAAAAGCCAUAUUCAUGUUCAGAAUGUGGGAAAUGUUUUACAGAUAAAUCAACUGUUACUAUACAUAUGAGAAGUCACACAGGAGAGAAGCCGUAUUCAUGUUCAGAAUGUGGGAGACGUUUUGCAGAUAAAUCAACUCUUAUUAUACAUGAAAGAAUUCACACAGGAGAGAAGCCAUAUUCAUGUUCAGAAUGUGGGAAAUGUUUUAAACAUAAAUCAGUUCUUGUUACACAUGAGAGAAGGCACACAGGAAAGAAACCAUAUUCAUGUUCACAGUGUGGGAAGUGCUUUUCAGAUAAAUCAAAUCUUGUUAUACAUGAGAGAUGUCACACAGGAGAGAAGCCGUAUUCAUGUGCAGAAUGUGGGAAAUGUUUCACAGAUAAAUCAACUCUUAUUGUACAUGAAAGAAUUCACACAGGAGAGAAGCCAUAUUCAUGUUCAGAAUGUGGGAAAUGUUUUACACAUAAAUCAGUUCUUGUUACACAUGAGAGAAAACACACAGGAAAGAAACCAUAUUCAUGUUCACAGUGUGGGAAGUGCUUUUCAGAUAAAUCAAAUCUUGUUAUACAUGAGAGAUGUCACACAGGAGAGAAACCAUUUUGACAUAUUUUAUGGACCUCCCCAGUCAUUAUGAAAAAUACAGACAUUCCUCUUACCUGUUCAAGAAAGCUGGUUUUGUUAAUACUUACGCAGCUGUCAUGCUGUUUAUGCCACCCUGAGUGUUGAGUGAAUUGAAGCAUACAUAACAGAAUUUGAUCCGAAGUUUAGGAAAAACUUGAUUAGCCGCGAAGCCAAAUUUCCUUGUGCUUCGUGGAAACAAAUCAAUUUUUCCUAUAAUGGCUGAAAAUAAAAUUAUUCUCACCUCAUCCACUUGAUCACGGAGAGGCUGUCCACUCCGUCUUGAUUGAAGAACACCAGCCAAAGCACAUGCAGUGAGCGUGAAGACAUCACCACAUGAUCAUGCUGGCCGCACCCAGUGACGUCAUUAGUGAUAGCAAAACUGCACGCGGCUAGCAUGAUCACGUCGUGCAGUUCAAUCUAAAUUCUUUCUACCAAUUUUAUUCCUGUGAAUUACAAUAUUUAAUUUGCUGAUUACGCCCAAGUUUUUCUCAAUGAUGGCUCUGUAUCCUAGAUUUCUGUGUUUGUAAAAUUGUUGGAAAAAAUCUAA